GGUGAUCGGAAUAAUGAUUCUCGUGACAAGACAAGCGAGAAGUUUGAAUUUGUACUUUCACAAGAAAUGUCUUCGUUGCUUCUGUUUCACUAAUAAGUCUCUGUACAAUGAAACCAUAGAUUUUGAUAUCCAUGUUGGUCAUUUUGCAUACUUGGAUCAACAUGCAAAAGAUGAACCUGAACCUAACUUUUCUGAAAUUUCCCCAAAGCAUUUCAAUCCUUUCUUGGAAGGGAACACAAAGCUGGAAGAGAAGCAUCAGCUAGAGGCUCAAACCAACCAUCGAGUACUGGGGACUGGCAAGUAAUGAAAGAUGCCUUAGCUUGUUGGGUAGCUUCCU